AUUACACGAUAAUUACAAUCAUGAAGUACUUAGCGGUUGCGUUUUCGUUGGUGGUUGUGGCAGUAGCGCGUCCCGAUGUUUCACAGCUACCGUCUGGUAGUUACUUACCAACAGGAGGACAAAUUGGCAGUUCGUUUGAAUCAUCUGGCAGUCAAAUUACCGGGAUCAGCAGUGGAAUUGGAGGAAUUGGUGGAAUCGGAGGAAUUGGUGGAAUCGGAGGAAUUGGUGGAAUCGGAGGAAUUGGUGGAAUCGGAGGAAUUGGUGGAAUAGGUGGUAUUGGUGGUGCCGGUGGUUUCCAGCAAGAUCAGAAACACGUCUACUUCUACGCCGCUCCCGAUGAGGAACAAGUAUCCCGGCUACGUAUCAAUAUCGCACCAAACUCACAGAGGAACACCAAAAUCAUCUUCGUUAAAGCUCCAAGCUACGGUGCUGUCGUCCCAGAAGUUAUCGCUCCACCAUCCUUAUCGGAAGACAAAACUUUGGUCUACGUCUUGGUCAAAAAGCCAGAGCAAGGUGGACAGAUCCCCAUUCCCGCCGGUGCCGGAGUCAAACAGGCCAAGCCCGAAGUUUACUUCAUCAAAUACAAGUCUCAACACGACGCCGAGGCAGCAAUUCGUGGAGGACUUAACGGACAGAUUGUCGGCUCGUCCGUUAACGAUGUCGGCAGCGAAUCAAGCUUCGUUAGAACUUUGGAUUCUGGUUCUCGUGGUCAUGGCGGUAUUGGAGGAGACGGUGGAUACAAUGUAGGUGGGUCGCAAGUAUUUGGAACCAGCGGAAGCGGAAUCAGCAUCUCGACCAGCGGCAGUAGUACCAAAUUUGGGCCGGCCGGUGAAAGUGGACCUUACUAAGAGCUAAUUAAAUGACGAGUAUACCAUGUAUGUUCACCGAAUUUUUGGUUAAGGUUGUAUAUAUGACAUGAUGAAUA